CACGCAGAAGAAGAAAUGACCGGCCGUAAACAUGGCGUGUGCCCUGGACGAGGAUGAGAUCAGUCACGAUGACUAUUAUUCCCUUCUAAAUGUCCGAAGAGAGGCCACGCAGGAGGAGCUGAAAGCAGCUUACAGGCGACUGUGCAUGCUGUAUCAUCCAGAUAAACACCGGGAUCCUGAUCUGAAACGGCAAGCAGAGCAGCUUUUUAAUCUUGUACACGAAGCUUAUGAAGUGCUUAGUGACCCACAGGCACGAGCAAUUUAUGAUAUCUAUGGCAAACGAGGACUCGAUGUCGAGGGAUGGGAGGUGGUGGAGAGGAAAAGAAGCCCUGCAGAGAUUCGAGAGGAAUACGAGCGGCUGCACAGGGAGCGGGAGGAGAGAAGACUUCAGCAAAGGACCAACCCAAAGGGAACGAUUAGUGUGGGCAUUGAUGCCACGGACCUCUUCGACCAUUAUGAAGAGGACUAUGAGGACAUGGUUGGAGGUGGCGUCCCACAUGUGGAAAUUAACAAGAUGCAUAUAUCACAAUCCAUAGAGGCUCCCCUCACUACAAAAGACACAGCCAUUUUGUCUGGCUCCUUGUCGACCCACAAUGGAAAUGGAGGUGGCACCAUUAAUUUGGCCUUGAGACGAGUCACUUCUGCGAAGGGGUGGGGUGAGGUAGAGUUGGGAGCCGGAGACACUCACGGACCCCUCUUUGGAAUGAAGAUAUUUCGCAACUUGACGCCUCGCUGCUUUGUGACAGCCCAGUGCGGACUCCAGUUUUCAUCACGCGGCGUACGUCCUGGGGUGACCACCGUGGUGGCCCGCCACCUCGAUAAGAACACUAUGGGUUAUCUUCAGUGGCGUUGGGGAGUCCAGUCUUCUAUGAACACCAGCAUUGUGAGGGACACUAAGAGUAGCCAUUUCACCCUUGCAUUUCAGCUUGGCAUUCCUCACACUUUUAUGAUGAUGAGCUACCAGUACAAGUUCCAGGAUGAAGACCAGACCAAGAUUAAGGGCUCAGUAAAAUCAGGUUUUUUUGGAACUGUAGUCGAGUACGGUGCCGAGAGGAAGAUCAGUCGGCACAGUGUCCUGGGGGCCACCGUCAGCGUGGGGGUGCCACAGGGUGUUUCUCUAAAGAUCAAACUAAACCGAGCCAGCCAGACGUAUUUCUUCCCUAUUCACCUGACAGACCAGCUCAUGCCCAGUGCGGUGUUUUACGCUACAGUCGGACCUCUGGUCUUCUACCUCGCCAUGCAGCGGCUUGUUAUUCGGCCGUACAUGCAGGCUCAGAAGGAGGAAGAGUUGGAGAAGCAUCGGGAAAGCUCGGCCUCUAAUAUAGCAAAGAAGAAGCAGGAAGCCGAGGCUGCGAUUUUGCUAAUGCAGGAGUCUGUGCGCAGGAUUAUUGAAACAGAGGAGUCGAGACUGGGUCUUCUCAUCCUCAACGCCUGGUACGGGAAAUUUGUGACGGACAACAGCAGAAGACACGAGAGAGCAAAGGUCAUUGAUGUUACGGUUCCACUGCAGUGUCUGGUGAAAGACUCGAAGCUCAUCCUCACAGAUACCACAAAAUCAGGACUCCCUGGCUUCUACGACCCCUGCGUGGGGGAGGAGAAGAGCCUGAAGGUGCUGUAUCAGUUCCGUGGAGUCAUGCAUCAAGUCCUGUCAGGAGACACAGAACCACUCAGGAUACCAAAGCAAUCUCACAGGAUCGACGCAGACACAUAGGGAUACCUCUGCUGUUUGGUUGGACAGAAAAUGGAGAAACCUCUGACUUGGAUACAACAUGGAUCUAAGUUUGUCACUCAGAAACCAUGCAUAUUCCUAUUCGUCUUUUUAUUCAUUUAAAUUUGCAGAGUGAAGUUAAUAAAUCAGAGACUGGAUUUAUAAAUAAAGGAGCGUAUCCGUUGACAUGGUUGUGGCCUGCUAACGUGACACCAAAAUCAGUGGAUACCAUCUUCACUCAGUUCCUCUAGCCUCAUUGGUAUCCAUUUAUUUUGGGGUAUUUUUGGCUUGUCAUUUUUCACAGAGUUGUAUGUACUGUAUUGUACAAAAACAUCAGUGCCUAUUUCUUGAAUAUGUCAAAGCAUCUCUGUCUAUUUGCCAUAUUAUUAAAAUUGCUCUCCCACUUUGCUUAACUUAA